AUGUCGCUCCUCAGAAACGUUCUCAGAAAGAACAGUGCGAGUACUAACGACGCACCAUCGGGCCUUUCUCAGAACUCUAAGGAAAGUCUCAUUGCCUCGACGCUCAAGAAGUCUGCGGAUGCCAUCUCCCUUAAAUCCGCCGGAGGCAUCUCCGUCCACUCAGUGCGCUCUAUUGCGGAGAGCGUAUCCAGCUUCGCCUCCGGCUUGCUUAACGGGAAGCGCGUGCCAAAGCGUCGCAGGCCGGACGUCUCGAGGCUUGGCCUGCCGAAAUGGUACAACAAGGACCCGCCAGGACCGGAAGAAAUGCUGGGCACCGAGAAGGUAGACCCAACGAGCCGUCCAUACUCAUGCACCCACGCGUUCCCUCUGAAGCCGGUGGAUGCCAAGGAUGGCGACGAGCCCUAUUGUUGUCUUGUACUAUAUAGCUAUGCUGAUAGCUCAGCGACUCAUGCCAAGUAUUACGAUGGCACUGUGAUACGAGGCGAGUUACGGCUAACCCUGCCCAAGCCUGACCCCAUAUCCUCCUUGGAUAUCUGGGUCAUUGGGAGCACACAAAGCGUAUUUAGCGUGAAUGAUCGUCCUGUAGUGCGUUACCAUGUAAAUCUGUGGAACCACAAGGAGGCCACAGGACCUUUGAGCGGCAAGUUGCCCACCAACCGGACCUUGAUCUUUCAAGCCGUUCGAAUUCCCCGUCUUUCCGAAAGACGUCGUGCAGCAGAAGCAAGACUCGACAGUACAUUUAGUUCUCUCAUGAGCCCAUUUCCACCAGCUGACGUGCGAAUUGCAGAACGUCACCAGAAUCCCUCUUCCUCGUCAGUACCAACCUCCUGUCACAGUGGUUGCCCAUCGUUCAGAUUUAGCGAAGUGGGAGCAUUUUCUGGAGAAGUCAAGUAUUACAUGGGCAUUGACGUCAAGCGGUCGGGGAUGAUGUCCUUCGACGAUGCGUGGAAAAUCCCCUUCUUCUACUACCAAUUACGACAGCCAACCCUUCGUGAGCCGACCGCGUUUCCAUUCAUCUCAGACCGCGAGGACUGGCCAUAUAAUCGCGAGGAAAUUGGGGGAUGGACAAUCACCCCAUUUGGCGGCCGAGGCCGUUUCCGAGACGAAACGGUCGAGAUCGAAGGCCUCCUCGGUGUGCAAGCCCCGGAAGUGUACGCACCGGGCCAAACGUUGCGCUGGAGCGUCCUGCUAUGGUCAAAGAACAUCCCCGCCCUCGAGGCGAUUUCGGACCCGGCGUGCAAUUGCAUCGAUGUCGUGCUCCUGCGUAGCACGAUGUACGGCAGGGACGUCCUCCAGCCGAAGAACGCCGCGCGGCGGAACCGGAAUCUGCAGCGCGUCUCCCAGGGGCGUGUGUGGAAGACGGACGACGGCCCACCCGGUGACGAUGUCUUUCCACUGCUGCGGGGUCCGCCUCAGACCAGCGGAUGGGCGAACCGCGGCGCUACAGCGGAGAAGGGGGAUGAAGGGUCAAGGCAGGUACCCAAGUCGCCGACAAUCACGUCGCCGAAGAGGUCGCGGUUCCAGGAUGUCAUCACUGCUGGAGAUGACGAAGACGAGAUGCGGGAUCAGUUGGUUGGAAUACCAGAAGAGCACCCUGCUGGAGUGGCCGAGACUGAAGUGACCGAGGCCGACGCGAAGAGGAGCCCAUCGCCUGUGUCGAGCGUGGAGGACCUGCCAGAUUUUCCUGACAUGGCUCCACAAGAGGCUACCAUUCGAUUGGAUGGCGACAUUCGCAUACCGGUGAAUCUAGGUCCUAGUUUUCGAUAUAUGUGGAUGGGCCGGGAGGUGACGUUCACCCACCCCGAGUACUCGCACAUAUCACCGUCUGCCCCUGGCAUUUAUGCUGAGACCCCGAUAUGGCUUGUCACGGGCAUGCCCAAGUCUUUUGGGGGCGAGCAGCCUGACCGUUCGCAACCAGGCAACCCUCAAGAUGAGUCGUAUCUGAGAGACCUGCCCAUAGUUGGCGAUGCCAUCCCGCUAGGAACAGACCCGCUUUACGCGGACUUGGGCAAGGGUGCGUACAGUGUGCAGGAGAGGCCGGCGCUGGAAGCGCAGCGGGUGGUGACGUUUUGA